AUGUCAGUCUGGCUUUCCAAUCCCAUUUGCGUACUUCCACUGCAGCGGCUACUCUACUCGUGGAUCGACGGCCAACUCUCUCGACAACCAAUCAUUCUUCAUCUGCGAUCCUCGACAUCUGAAUAUAUCUAUCCACGCUCCCCGACUGAGUUCAAGGUCAAGCUGGCAGCAUUCGCUCUCCAACACGCCCUCCGCCGUCUGGAGGAAGAGCGACAAGCCCGAGCAGGCAACAUGGGCGACCUCCAAUUCGCGAAGCAAUUCCUUACGUCUCUAGACAACAAACCGAACAAGUACCAACCUGACCAUGUCUUUGACCCGAAGACAUUUCAAAUGCGGUUACCCUAUACCUUGCCCAAGCUCUCAACACCACCACACCCGUCGCCGCCCAAAUCCAUCCCGGCGACCGAGCCAGCACCAGGCUCCGAACCCUCCACGCCCACCAUCACCCUGAUACUGAAGUCCCCGCGCAACCCAAAUAUGACCCUCAUACUCCAGUCCAUACCGCCCGCAACGACGACAGUCCAAGUGCUAAAAGAACAGAUCCAAUCAUACCUAGGUGGACCGAGCGUGGUCAAUCUAGACAAGAUCAAGUUACUCUUGAACAAGAAGCCCGUCCCCCAAAGUAAACGGACUGUUGCAGAGGCUCUGGAUGGAUCUGGUACCACCACGGGGUCAGAUGUCGAGUUUGGAGUGAUGGUCAUGGGCGGCGCUCCUGACCCGCCUCAGACCCAUAUAACGGCGUCUCUCCACCACACGAUAACGGCAGCUUUGGUGACGGCAGCGAAGGCAGGUCUGCAGACUGAGAGCAAUCAAACGGGAGCACAAGGAACGCCAAUGGAAGGUGUGGAAACGUCAACGACGAGCGUCCUGGAGUCAAGGGAGUUUUGGGAUGACUUGCAAAGGUUUCUAGAGCAGAGAAUACGGUCGCCCAAGGAGGUCGUGAAGAUAAAGGGGCUGUUUGAACGAGCGUGGAAAAGCUCGAUAGAGAAGCCAUGA